AAUGAUUCUAAGGCCCAAUAAGGAUUGGGAACGAGUGUUAUAUUUAUUUGACCCGAUAAAAUAAAAUAUACUUAAAACAGUCCGGAAAAUACAACUUUCGGGACCGAUUGUACACUCGGGUACACAAAGGGUUGACCUCCCACAUGAGUGGGGGCCAACCCACGUCCUUGGUCUGGAAAAUAGCAAGGGGAGCCGCAUCAUAGAGCUGAGAAUUGGCUGGGGAAGUGAUUGGGAGACCAAUCAAUAUGAGGGUGGGACCUUUGCCAUAUGAUUUGGUGAGAAAUGCCAAAAUGGCAUCCUCAAUCACCCCUCACCCCAUAUGCUCGGUUCAAUCAUCCAAGGAAGGGAGAGAAACUCUGAAAAUACUCCAUUUCCUCAUCCUUUCACGCACCAAGAACAAAGGAGGAAGAAGGAGGGGAAAAGAGAAGAGAAAAGGUUGUUUUGGAGAGGAAAACUUGUGUUUAGCAAGGUAUUCAAGGAACUUUCACGGAGUUGAAAAGGUCGCCGGAGUUGUCGCCGGAGUUUCGUCGGAGCUAAAUCGGGAAGGCUAGAACUUCAUAAGCUUCAUUAAGGUUGAGGCUAGAGUCCUACUACCAGCACCUUUGCCUAGGGUGAUUGAUCGAGAAGGAAGACGUGGUUCGUGCUUCCAUUCUUAUUUCAAAUGUAUAAACCGCUCAUGGAUUUUUGAACAAUAUUUUCAUUAAAACAGUUGGGGGCCUGCGUGCCCGUGUUUGCCACGUGUGGCUAAGUAUCAAACAUUUUAUUAUUUUCCGCAUUUGUUUUAUUAUGAUAUUGAUGUUGAUUGUAUGUGUUUACUAAUCGGUUUGGCAAUAGAAUCAAUCGGACGCCUUGUACAACUCAAUAGGGAUGAACUGUUGUUGUUCUUAUCGGGUUGUACGGCGGUUGUCUACGUAGCUCGGAUGCGGUCUGCGGCGUGACAGCUGCUCGUGGG